GAUGGGCCUGGAGGCUCUUGCAGAGUCAUAUGGGUUCUGGCGUCCUUCUCUCAGAACGCUGACGUUUGAAGACAUCCCUGGAAUGAAACAAGGUGAAACCGUUUCUGUUAGAAGUAGAAGCUAGUAAAGUUAUUGUUACUACAACUUUCUGAGUUAAUGUUUUACAACGAUGGUACUGUUCACUAACCCCCUGUCUGUCUGUCUGUCUGUCUGUCUGUCUGUCUGUCUGUCUGUCUGUAAUGAUACUGGUGUCCUUAACCCCCUGUCUGUCUGUCUGUCUGUCUAUGAAGGUUAAAACCCUGUCUGUCUGUCUGUCCUAAUGAUACGGUGUCCCUACCGUAAUGUCCGGUCUGUCUGUCUGUCUGUAAUGAUACUGGUGUCCCUAACCCCUGUCUGUCUGUCUGUCUAUAAUGAUACUGGUGUCCCUAACCCCCUGUCUGGUCUGUCUGUCUAUAAUGAUACUGGUGUCCCUAACCCCCUGUCUUGUCUGUCUGUCUGUAAUGAUACUGGUGUCCCUAACCCCCUGUCUGUCUGUCUGUCUGUUUUAAAGGGGUUUUGGUGUCCCAACCCCCUUUUUGGUUGUCCCAUAAUGGGUACUGGUGUCCCUAACCCCCCCGUCGUCGUUGUUGUAAUGAAUGGUGUCCCUAAAACCCCCGGCUUCUGUAAUGAUAAGGGUCCUAACCCCCGGGCUGUCUGUCUGUCUGUAAAGAUACUGGUGUCCAAACCCCGGGGCUGUUGUCUUUUUCUGUCUGUCGUAAUGUACUGGUGUCCUAACCCCCCUGUCGGGCUGUCGGGAAGAUUUCUGGGUUCCCUAACCCCCUUUUUUUGUCUGUAAUGAUACGGUGUCCCAACCCCCUGUCUGGCUGUCUGUCGGGAAUGAUACUGGGGUCCCUUUAAACCCCCCCUCUGUCUGGUGUCUGUCUGUAAAUGUACUGGUGUCCCUAAACCCCUGUUGUUGUCGUCUAUAAUGAUAAUGGUUUUCCCAAAACCCCGGGCGUCUUUCGGUUUAAUGAUACUGGUGUCCCUAACCCCCUGUCUGUCUGUCUGUAAAGAUUUCUGGGUCCCCAACCCCCCUUGUCGGGCUGUCUGAAUGAUAAUGGGUUUCCCAAAACCCCCCGUUUGUCUUUUCGUCUUUCUAUAAAGUUUCUGGUGUCCCUAACCCCCCCUUUUUAUUUUGUUGUCUUGUCUAUAAUGAUACUGGUGUCCCUAACCCCCUUUUUUCGUCUGUUGUAAUAUAUGGUUUUCCCUAACCCCCCUUUUCUGUCUUGUCUGUCUGUCUGGAAGAUAUGGUUUUCCCUAACCCCCUGUCUGUCUUUUCGUUGUUGGGUUUUCUGUAAUGAUUUCUGGGUCCUAAACCCCUGUUUUGUCUGUUUAUAAAGAACUGGGGUUUCCCCCCCCCCCUGCCCGUCUGUUGUAAUGAUCCCGGGUUCCCUAAAACCCCGUCUGUCGGGCUAUAAUGAAAUGGGUCCCUAAAACCCCCUUUUUCUGUUGUCUGUUUUGUCGUCUGUCUGUUGUCUGUCCCGUCGGGUUUUUGUCUGCUGCGUCUGUCUUAAUGAUAGGGUCCCUUUAACCCCCCCGUCUGCUGUCUAUUUAAAGAUUUUUGGUGUCCCUAACCCCCUCUUUCUGUCCCUUUAAAGAUACUGGUGUCCCUAACCCCCUGUCGUCUGUUAUUAAAAGAUACUGGGGUUUCCCCAACCCCCUGGCGUCGUCUGUAUGUAAUGAUACUGGUUUUCCUUAAAACCCCCGUGUCGGGCGUCUGUAAUGAUACUGGGUCCCCAACCCCGGGAUGUCGGUUUUUAAAUGAUACUGGGGUCCCUAAAACCCCCCCUCUGUCUGUUGGGUUGUCGUUGGGCUGUAAUGUACGGUUUUCCCAAAACCCCCCCCGUCGUCUGUAAAGAUAAGGGGUCCCCAACCCUGUCUGUUCUGUUGUCUGUAAUGUAAAGGUGUCCCUAACCCCCUGUUGUCUGUCUGUCCUUUUUAAUGAUACUGGUUUUCCAACCCCUGUCUGUCCCUCUAUAAUGAUAUGGUGUCCCUAAACCCCUUUUCUGUCUGUCUGUCUGUUUUAAUUUAUACUGGGUCCCAAAAACCCCCCCGUUUUGUCUGUAUUUUAAUGAUACUGGUGUUCCCCAACCCCUGUCUGUCUGUCUGUAAUGUACUGGUUCCCCAAAACCCCCUUUUCUGCCCGUCUAUAAAAAGGGUAUGGGGUCCCCAAACCCCCCCGUCUGUCUGUUUGUUUUGGGUUUUAAUAUACGGGUUCCCCAACCCCCCGUUUUUUUUGUUUUUUUUUUUUAAAAAUGAUACUGGUGUCCCCAACCCCCGGGUUUUCUGUCUAUAAUGAACUGGGUCCCUAACCCCCCGUCUGGGCUUCUGUCGUCGGGGGUGAUAAUGGGUCCCUAACCCCCUGUUUGUCUGUCUGUCUGUAAUGAUUUCGGGUGUAACCCAAACCCCCUGUCGUCUGUUGGCUGUCUGGAAUGAUUUAAUGGUUUUCCCCCAAACCCCCUGUCGGCUGUCGUCGUCGGGAAAGUUUCUGGUGUCCCUAAACCCCCCGGCUGUUGGUUUUCUAUAAUGAACUGGUGUCCCUAACCCCCUGUCGUUGUCGUUAAUGAUACUGGUGUCCCAACCCCCGGGUUUUCUGUCUUAAUGAUAUGGUAUCCCUAUCCCUUCUGGUUUUCUGUUUUGCGUAAUGAUACUGGGGUCCCUAACCCCCUGUCUGUCUGCUGUCUGAAUGAUACUGGGUCCCUAACCCCCGUCUGUUUUCGUAAAGAUACUGGGGUCCCAACCCCUGUCUGUCGUCUGUCUGUUUUUUGUAAGAUCUGGUUUUCCCUAACCCCCUGUCUGUCUGUUUUGUCUUAAUGAUACUGGUUGGUCCCCCCCCAAACCCCCCCCCCCCCGUUUUGUCUGUCGGAUGCUUCUGUAAUGUACUGGUUUUUCCCUAACCCCCUUCUGUCGUCUUUUAAAGAUACGGGGUCCCAAAAAACCCCCCGUCUGUCGUCUGUCGUUGUAAUGAUACUGGGGUCCCUAAACCCUGUCUGUCGUCUGUCUUGUCAUAAUGAUUUUGGUGUUUUCCCCAACCCCCUGUCUGUUGUCUGUUAUAAUGAUCUGGGGUCCAAAACCCCCGUUGUCGUCUGUCUGUCAUUUAAAGAUUUCUGGUGUCCCAAACCCCCCCCGUCUGCUGUCUGUCCGUCUGUCGGUUUAAUUUUACUGGUUUUCCCUAACCCCCUGUCUUCUGUCGUAAUGUACUGGUGUCCCUAAAACCCCCCCUCUGUCGCUGCUGUUUAAGAUUUUGGUGUCACUAACCCCUUUUUCUGGCUGUCUAUAAUGUUUCUGGUUCCCCAACCCCCUGUCUGUCGGUUGGGAAUGGCUGGGUUCCCCAACCCCCCGCUGUCUUUGUAAUGAUACUGGUGUCCCUAACCCCCGUCUGUCUGUCUGUCUGUAAUGAUACUGGUGUCCCUAACCCCCCCUGUUGUCUUCUGUAAAAGGGUUUUCUGGUGUUCCCCAACCCCUGUCUGUUGUCUGUCUGUCUGUUUUUGUAAUAUAAAUGGUGUCCCUAACCCCCUUUUCUGUCUGGUUGUCUGUCGUCUGUUGUUGCUGGUCUGUCUGUUGUAAUGAUACUGGGGGGUCCCUAACCCCCCGUCUGUUGUCGGGCGUAAUGAUCUGGUGUCCCUAAAACCCCCCCCUGGGCGGUAUAAAAGUACUGGGGGGCCCUAACCCCCUGUCUUUCUGUCUGUAAUGAUACUGGUUUUUCCCCAACCCCGUCUGUUUUUCUGUAAUGAUAGGGGUCCCAAAACCCCCCGUCUGUUGUCUGUCUGUUGUUUUGUAAUGAUAGGGGGUCCCCAAACCCCCCGUUGUCGUCUGUCUUAAUGUUAUUUUCUGGGUCCCUAACCCCUUUUCGGGAAUGAUUUCUGGGGGUCCCAAACCCCCGGUCUGUUGUCGGUCUUUUCUAUAAUGAACUGGGGUUUCCCCCCCCCCUGCGUCUGUCGUAAUGAUAUGGGGUCCCUUUAAAACCCCCGUCUGUCGUCUGUCGGGUUUUUAAAGAUCUGGUGGGCCCUAACCCCCGUCUGUUGUCUUUAAAGAAUGGUGUCCCUAACCCCCUGUUGUUGUCGGGCGUUGUAAUGAUACUGGUGUCCCAAACCCCCCCGUUGUUUUCUUGUCUGUCGGGCUGUAAUGAUACUGGUGUCCCCCAACCCCUGCUGUCGUUGUCUUUUAAAUAUGGUGGCCCUAAAAACCCCGGGCUGUCUGUCUGUCUUUUAAUUAUUUCUGGUGGGCCCUAACCCCUGUCUGGGUUUUCUGAAUGAUUUUGGGGGCCCAACCCCCCCGUCUGUCUGUCGUCUGUAAAGAUACUGGUGUCCCUAACCCCCCGUUUUGUCUGUUUAAUGAUACUGGUGUCCCUAAACCCCUGCUGUCGUCUGUAAUGAUUUCUGGUGCCCUUUUAACCCCGGGCGUCUGUCUGUCUAUAAUGAAAGGUUUUCCCUAACCCCCUGGGUUUUCUGUCUGGAAUGAUACGGGGGGCCCUAACCCCCUGUUGUUGGGCGGGCUUUUAAGAUAUGGUUUCCCCAACCCCCUGUCUGUUUUUGUUGUCUGUCUGUAAUUUAUACUGGGGUCCCUAAAACCCCCCGUCUGGUCUGUUGGGGUCUGUCUGUCUGUUGUUGUUCGUCUGUCUGUUUUUGGAAGUACUGGUGUUUCCCCAACCCCCUGUCUGUCCUUUUGGGCGGGUUUUUAAGAUACUGGUUUUCCCUAACCCCCCCGUUGUCUGUUUUGUUGUCAUAAUGAUAGGGGUCCUUUAACCCCCCGGUCGUCUGUCGUCUGUCUUUUAAGGGUACUGGUGUCCCUUUUAAACCCCCGUCUGUUUUGUCUGUUUUCUAUAAUGAACUGGUGUCCUUAAACCCCCGGGCGUCUGUCUGUCGGGCUAAAUGAUACUGGUGUUCCCCCAACCCCCCGGGCCUUUGGUUUUUUUGAUACGGUGUCCCCCAACCCCCUGUCUGUUUUGUCUGUCUGUUGAAUGAUACUGGGGUCCCUAACCCCCGGGUUGUCUGCUGUGUAAGAUAUGGUGUCCCUAACCCCUGUUGUCUUUUAUAAUGGGUACUGGUUUUCCCUAACCCCCGGGUUUUUGCUGUCUGUCGUAAUGAACGGGGGUCCCUAACCCCCUUUUUUUCUGUCGUCUGUUUGUUGUCUGUAAUGAUAUGGUGUUUCCCCAAACCCCUGUCUGUCUGUCUGUCUGUAAUGAUAUGGUGUCCCCAACCCCUGUCUUUUUGUCGGGCUUUAAAGAAAUGGGUUUUCCUAACCCCCGGGCUGUCUGUUUUGUAAAGAUUUCUGGGUCCCUAAAACCCCCCCUCUGUCUGUCUGUUGUAAUGAUAUGGUGUCCCUAGCCCCCCCUGUCUUUUCGGGCUGUAAUGAUACUGGUUUUCCCUAACCCCCCGGGUUUUCGGGGCUGUAAUGAUACUGGUGUCCCUAACCCCCUGUCUGUCUGUCUGUCUAUAAUGAUACUGGUGUCCCUAACCCCCUGUCUGUCUGUCUGUAAUGAUACUGGUGUCCCUAACCCCCUGUCUGUCUGUCUGUCUGUAAUGAUACUGGUGUCCCUAACCCCCCGGGUUUUUUGUCUGCGGGAAGGGUACUGGUGGCCCUAAACCCCCCGUUGGGGCUGUAUGUUGUUGUUGUCUGUCUGUCUGGAAUGAUCCCGGUGUCCCCCUUUAACCCCCGUCUUUUUGUCUGUCUGUCUAUAAAGAUAGGUGUCCCUAAAACCCCCGGGCUGUUGUCUGUCUGUUUUAUAAAAGAUUCGGUGUCCUUAACCCCCUGUUCGUCUGUCUGUCGUCUGUCUUUUGUUAUAAUGAUACUUGGGGUCCCUAACCCCCCCGUCUGUCGUUGUCUGUCUAUAAUGAUACUGGGUCCCCUUUAAACCCCCCGUUGUCUGUCUGUCGUCGUCUAUAAUGAUUUCUGGGGUCCCUAACCCCCGUGGUUGUCUGUAAUGGGUACUGGUGUCCCCAACCCCCUGUCUGCGGGGCUGUCUUUGUAAAGAUUUCUGGUGUCCCUAAACCCCUGUUUUGUCGGGCUGUCUGUCGGGAAUGAUUUCUGGUUUUUCCCUAACCCCCUUUUUGUUGUCUUCAAAUAUUUUGGUUUUCCCUAAACCCCCGGGCGGCUGUCGUUGUCUGUAAUGUACUGGUGUCCCCAACCCGGGAGUCUGUCUGUCUGUAAUGAUUUGGUGUCCCCCAACCCCCCCGUCGUCUGUCAUAAUGAUACUGGUGUUCCCCAAAACCCCCCUUUUGUCUGUCUAAAUGUAAAGGUUCCCUAACCCCCGUUGUUGUCUAUAAUGAUACUGGGGUCCAACCCCUGUCUGUCUUCUUAAUGAUACUGGGUCCCUAACCCCUGUCUGUCUGUCUGUAAGGGCCCGGUGUCCUAACCCCCGUCUGUCUGUUUUGUCUGUUUAAAAUACUGGUUUUUCCCUAAACCCCCCUGUCUGUUGUCGUCUGUCGGUUUUGUCUGUUGUAAUGAUACUGGUGUCCCUUAAAACCCCCCGUAUGUCUGUCGUCUAAAUUUUCUGGUGUCCCUAACCCCCUGUCUGGCUGCGUAAUUUAUACUUUGGGUCCCCAACCCCCCGUCUGUUUUGUCUGUCUGUAAUUUAUAAAUGGGUCCCUAACCCCCCGUUCUGUUGUAAUGAUUUUCUGGGUUUUCCAAACCCCCCCGUCUGUUUUUGUAAUUUAUACUGGUGUCCCUAACCCCCCGUUGUCUGUCUGUUAUAAAGGUACUGGGUGUCCCUAACCCCCCGUCUGUCUGUUGUAAUGAUACUGGUGUCCCUAACCCCUGUCUGCUGUCGGGCUGUAAUGAUAAUGGUGUCCCUAAAACCCCCCCUCUGUCUUUGGGCUGUCGUAAUGAUAUGGUGUCCCCAACCCCCCGUUUUCUGUCUGUUUUGUCGUCUGUUGGUCGGUUUUCUGUCUGUCUGUUGAAUGAAACUGGUUUUUCCCCCCAACCCCCUGCUGUCUGUCUUUUUGUUUUAUUUUAAAGUAAAGGGUCCCCAAACCCCUGUCUGUUGUCGUCUGUCUAUAAUUUAUACUGGUUUGUCCUUAAAAACCCCCCCUGUCUGUCUGUCUGUCCUUUUUAAUGAUUUUGGGUCCCUAACCCCCGGGCUGUCUGUCCCUGCUGGCUUAAAGUUUCUGGUGUUUCCCUUUAAACCCCCCGUCUGUUGUUGUCUGUCUAAAAUGUAUGGUGUCCCUAAACCCCCCGUCUGUUUUGUCUUAAAAGAUAUGGUGUCCCUACCCCCUGUCUGUUGUCUGUCUUGUUGUAAUGAUAAUGGUGUCCCUAACCCCCCGUUUUUUGUUGUCUGUCUGUAAGAUACUGGUGUCCCAAAAACCCCCGUUUUGUUGUCUAUAAGAUACUGGUUUUCCCUUUAAACCCCCCGGGCGUCUGUUGUGGGCCCUUUUAAAGAUACGGGUUUUCCCCAACCCCCUGUCGUCGUUGUCGUCGGGCUGUAAUGAUAUGGGUCCCUAAAACCCUGGGCGGCUGUCUGCUUAAAGUACUGGGGUUUCCCCAAACCCCCGCUGUCGUCUGCUAUAAAGAUAUGGGGUCCCCAAACCCCCCGUUGGGUUUUCUGAAAUUUUAAGGGGGGUCCCCCAAACCCCCCGUCUGUCUGUCUGUCGUAAUUUAUAAUGGGGUCCCUAGCCCCCCCUCUGUCUGUCUGUUUAAAGAUACUGGUGCCCUUAAAACCCCCCGUCUGUUUUGUCUGUAAGAUUUCUGGGGUCCCCAACCCCCCGUUGUCGGGUUUUCUUUUAAUGAUUUUGGUGGGCCCCCAACCCCCUGUCUGUUGGUUUUAAUGAUACUGGUGUCCCUAAACCCCCCGGCUGUCUGUCUGUCUUUUAAUUUUUUACUGGUUUUCCCUAAACCCCCGUCUGUUGUUGUUUGUAAUGAUACUGGUUUUUCCCUAAACCCCCCGUCGUCGUUGUCUGUCUGUCUGUCGUUUUCUGUCUCUGUCUUCGGGAAUGAUUUUGGGUCCCCAAACCCCCCGUCUUCUGUUGUCUGGCUAUAAUGAUUUCUGGUUUUCCCUAACCCCCCGUCUGGGCUGUCUUGUCAUUUAAAGAUUUUGGGGUCCUUAACCCCCGGGUUUUCUGUCGUCUGUCUGUCGUCGUUAUAAUGAUUUUGGUGGCCCAACCCCCUGUCGGGGUCUGUCUGUCUGCUAUAAUGAUUUUCGGGGGUCCUUUAAACCCCCCGUUGUCUGUUGUUUUGUCUGUCUAUAAUGAUUUUCUGGGGGCCCUAAAAAAACCCCUGGUUUUUGUCUGUAAUGAUAUGGUGUCCCUAACCCCUGUCUGUCGUUUUGGCUUCUUUUAAUGAUAGGGGUCCCUAAACCCCCCCCGUCUGGGCUGUUGUCGUCUGUAAAGAUUUCUGGUGUCCCCAACCCCCGUUGUUUUGUUGGGCUAUAAUGAUACUGGUUUUUCCCUAACCCCCUGUCUUUUCUGUUCUGUCGUAAUGAUAAUGGUGUCCCUAAACCCCCCGUCUGUCCCGUCUGUCGUAAUUAUAUUUGGGGUCCCCCAAACCCCCCUUUUGUCUUUAUUUAAUGGUGUGUCCCUAAACCCCCGUCUGGGCUGUCUUAAUGGGUACUGGUGUCCCCAACCCCCCGUUGUCUGUUUUAAUGAUUUCUGGUGUCCCUAACCCCCCGUCUGUCUGUCUUAAUGAUACUGGUGUCCCUAACCCCCUUUUUCUUUCUUUGCCGGGUCCCCCCCAUGGGGGUUGGGAAAGUUUCCUGUUCCCUCCCCUUUCCUGUCCCCCUUUUUUAAUAACCGGGCCCCAAAACCCCCUUUUAUCGCCGGAAGUUUUCCCGGGGGCCCCAGGAGGAGAAAAAAUUUCUACCCGCUCUUUUCCCCCCCCCUUUUCAAGGUUUUGGGCCCUCCUUUUUCCCCCUGGUAACCGGAGGACCAAACCCACCCCCCCAAAACGGCUCCGGCAAACCCCCCUUCCCCCCUUCCCAACGCCCCCUUUUCCGGGAACUCACCCAAGGGAACCCGCAAAAUUUCUGCCCCAUUGGGGCCCACCCCCUUUCCGUUUGGGGUCCGGAAACCCCCCUGGGGUUUGGUUAGAUCCAACCUUUCCCUUCCCCCCACUUAAACGGCCCCUUAAAAUUACCCGGGGCCAGGCCAAACAAGGGUGGGGUUCUGGGGGUGUGGUUUGGGAACCCUUUUUGGUCCCCCCCAAGGGGAAUUUACGGAAAAAUCUGGGCCCAAAGGGAAAAUGGAAGGGAAAAAGGGCCCCUUGGGGUGUUUGUCUGGGGCGGGGUUUGAGGGAGAGAAGGGGGAGGGCCUUUCCCUCCCGGCCCCCCCGGGAAAUUUUAAAGGUUAAAUUUUUUUGGGGUUGCUAAGGCCAAAAAAGGCUGGCUUCCCUUUUUGGGGGAAAAGGGUUGGUUGGGGGGAAUCCGGGAAAAAUUUAACCCAGCCCCAAGGGGACGAGAAAAACUUCAGAAAACCAGGGGGGUAAAAGAAGGGAAAAAACAGUUCGGAAGGGCUUUUUACAAGAGAAAGAAGGGGAAGGGGAAAGGAACCAGGAAAGGGAAAUUUUUUUUUUCAGGGGACGGGGUGGUUAAAGGAGCAAAAAAAAAAAAAAAAAAAAAAAAAAAAGGACAGACCUUUCCGUUUAAAUUUAAAAAAAAAGAAGGAAAAAAAGAAAAAGACAUACCCUUUAAAAAAAAAUUAUAAAAAAAAGGGGGGGGGGGGGGGGGGGGGGGAAAAGACUUUUUUCUUUGAAAAAAACAACCUUUCCCCAGUUUUUCUCCUGGACUACACCUGCAGCCGACCGACACACCCCCUCCAUCGCUACGGCAACCCCCCUUCCCCCUUCCCACUUCCUGCGUCGCGAGGACCGUCAGCUUAUGACAGCAAAGUAUUCUGCUCAUUGUCCCUACCCCCCUCUCAGAUUGGCUACCUGCAAACUCCGCCCCAUGGCUACGGUAGUAUCCACCUCCAUUCCCCCCACUACGGUCUCUACAGUUACGCAGCCAGCCCAGACAAGAUGGCGGCUUCUGGUGCCCCUGUGGCCAAUCAGAACCCUUUCCUCGGCUCCUCCCCCAGCGGAACCCUGACGGAAAGUCUGGGCAUGCUCAGUGGAGGCCAGCAGGCCAACUUCCUGUUUGACUCUCGGACGCUGGGAUUUGCAGGGAGCCAGUCAGGGGGAGGGCCUUCACAGGUCACCGCCCACAUGGGC